AUGAACGUCACUAGCAUCUGUCUGCRAGGCCAAAGCGCUGUUUUCAGUGCCCUUCCUGCCGCUUACACUAAUGUCAGUGCCGUCUUCUUGGGCAGCAAUCUGCCUGUGAUACCUGGAAACUGGGAGAGUGGUCCAGUUGCCUCAGCUUUCUACGACAUUGUACCAGAGGAGCCUUGCGUUGCCAGUUUUCUGGAAGAGGCCAAAGGUGCGGACUUCAUCGCCUUCGACGACUCCUUCUUUGAUGUUAUUGGCGCAUCAGCCAAGCUUGAAAAGAUCCAGUCAUUCCCGAAAGAGUUGAACCACGUCCAUGAAGCGCCUGUCUGGUUGGCCGAUACAAAUGAGCUGCUGUAUAGUGACACUACAGUCACAGAUGGAUAUCUAUACGCCCUCAAUAUCGACACGUUCGAAGUCCGUCAGGUCGACUUCACCCCUGCUCUUUCGAAUGUCAAUGGAGGUACCCUUCACAGCGAUGGCCGAGUCUAUAUAACGACAAAUGGCGGUCCCGUUCGUGGAAUAUAUGCCUUGAACCUCACGACAUCAACUGUCGAGCCUAUCGUUAACAACUACCGUGGGCGCCACCUCAACAGCCCCAACGAUCUUAUCUUCGACAGCCAAGGCAACCUGUACUUUACUGAUCCAACCUAUGGUAUCGACAAUGGCUGGAAAGACGUCCAGCCAGCCGAGCUUCCCAUGGCAGUCUACCGUAUGGACGCCAAGACAAAGUCUCUUAUUGCACUCACUGUCGGCGUCGUAACUAAGCCUAACGGACUUACCCUGUCUCCCGAUGAGAGAACACUCUACGUUUCUGACACCAACUCAAGCGGCAAUGCUCUUGAUAGUCAGCGCGGUAUCUGGGCAUUCGAUAACCCUGAAAAAGGCGGUCCCCUACAGAACCCGAGAUUGGUGCAUCUUCUUGAGGGAGGAGCUCCAGAUGGUAUGCGUACGACCAAGAGUGGUCUGUUGUUCUCGGGAGUUUACGGUGGGGUGGAUGUCGUCGAUCCCGUCACUGGCCUGCUGCUUGGGAGGAUCAACACACCAGAUGAUGUUAUAUACAACGUGCAAGCCGCGAAAGGAAAGGGCGCUUGGCUGUUCACAGGGAGGGACAACAUAUACAAGGCGACGAUCGUGGAGGAGGGAGCAUGA